ACGCACACACACCUGCACAAUGAUCCCUCCGCUCACUUAACAGUCGCACCUCUGCUGCCUUGCACCCCUCCUACCCCAACUCCCCUCCACCCCCGUGUGCCCCCUCCCUUACCGGACCGGACCGAUACAUGGGUUAACUCUGCCACCGGGAGUAACAGAGAUAAAGGCACCGGGAGCGUCGGGAGAUCCCUGCACAUCAUUCUGCCUUUUUCUUUUGCCGAUCUGCGCUCAAUGGUUUUAACGGCCGCCAUCCAGCGUUGAUUCGACAGAGGACAUUGAAAUCAAUCGUAAUUCAUAUUUUUGGUGAGAGGUAAAACUGGCAGCAGCAGCAGCCCCGUUUUGUCAGACCCAGACCCGUGGGCGUCUGGGUGGCGUCCGUAGGGGCGAGCUGAUUGGACGAAGAUUUGGCGCUCUACCCACCAACUGCUUCUUCCCAAAUUCUCAAGACAUGGCGAUAACAAGUGAGAUGUAGAAAACUGAUGGUAGUGGGUCUGGGCUUCAUCUAAAACGGCCAGAAUCUCCAAGCACCACCAUCCUCUUCCUCCUCCUCCUCAAACCACUGGAUGUUUUUUUUUUAAAUAUAUUUUCUGAAGAACUACCUAAAAAGUGUGCAGCACAUGACACAUGGUGAAUCCCCAAAGCAGGUCCCACACACAGACUGAAUGAGUCCAUCUUUGGCUGUCGCACGGACUCCCCGAGAGCGUGAGACGGAUGCAAACAGACUAAACACACCUUUGCAAUUCAAAACACCUUCAGCAUCUCCGCCGACGGGGUUCUAACCGAGCCGGGCGAGCCUGACGCCGGGGAGCCAGUCGUUUCACAGGCAGGGAGAAGAUGCCAUUCCACCAUGUGCGGGCGGGCCUGCUCUAUCCCGACAACUACCUGAGCAGCUCCCUGACGGAGGGCAGCGAAGCCUUCCAGCUCAACAGCAUCUCCACAGAGGAGCUGGGGGAGAUCCGUGAGGCGUUUCGUGUCUUAGAUCGUGAUGGGAAUGGUUUCAUCUCCAAACAGGAGCUGGGUAUGGCCAUGCGCUCCCUGGGUUACAUGCCCAGCGAAGUGGAGCUAGCCAUCAUCAUGCAGAGACUGGACAUGGAUGGGGACGGCCAGGUCGAUUUUGAGGAGUUCAUGACGAUACUUGGGCCCAAACUGCUCUCAUCUGACAACAGAGAAGGAUUCCUGGGCAACACCAUUGACAACAUCUUCUGGCAGUUUGACAUGCAGCAGCUGUCUCUUGAUGAGCUGAAGCAGGUGCUCUUCCACGCCUUCCGGGACCACCUGACAAUGAAGGACAUAGAGAACAUCAUCAUCACCGAGGAGGAGAGCCUAAAUGAAACAGGGAACUGCCCUGAGUAUGAAGGAGUCCAUCCUAAGAAGAAGAAUCGCCAGACGUGUGUCAGGAAAAGCCUGAUCUGCGCCUUCGCCAUGGCUUUCAUCAUCAGUGUCAUGCUUAUCGCAGCCAAUCAGAUGCUGCGGAACGGCAUGGAGUGACCGAUUGCACUGUGAGCUUGGGGAGUGGAUGGAACGGCCACGACCUCACAUCUCGUCUCUGUAGCCAAAGCAGGACCAGCCACAACCCCCGAGCACUUCUCUAAACCAUCAGUUGAGUUUUUUUUUGUUGUUGUUUAAUUUAACCUUAACUUAUUGAAGCGAGUGAUAUGAAGAAAGGUAUAUGUGUUUGGCACUGAAGAUGUCACCAUGUAGAGUUACCGGGCUUACUGGUCACAAAGAAGAAGUGGAAAAAUAAUUGUGUUUUUAUAUAAACAGUGAAAAUUAAUUGAGCAUAUUAUUUUGACCGCCCUUCAAAUUUGAUUUUCUAGUAACCGAAAAUGUUCAUAAGGUGCUAUGAGCCGUUCCUUAUUUCAAAAUCAAAUUUAUUAUGGACAACCGCAUAUUUCCAAUAGAGAAGUAGCGCUGAAUGUGAGUGAAUGUUGGUGCUGAAUGUUGGUCAGAGUAUUUAAAUGUAUAUCAAAUCACUCACAUCUCAUAUAAUGUUUAAACAUAACUCCUUAUGUGGAAAAUGGACUAACUAAAUGGACUAACUAAAUGGACUAACUCGAUAAGUCCACUUAUCUAGGGGCACAGAAGUCUUUCUGUAUAUCUAGGAGCACAACUCAAUCCUCAGUGGGGAAUCAGUUAAGAACCAUCACUGUCCCCCUGUCUGUGCUAUUAAGUCUUGGCAUUGAUUGAUUGAUUGAUUAAUCCCUCACCAUUUGUGUGUGUGUGUGUAUGUGUGUGUGUGUGUGUGAGAGAGAGAGAAUGUACAGGAUGUAAGCUCAGGCUGUCUGAGAGGUUAAAAAUGUAUUAAAGUAGAGCUCUGUUUUUGGUCGUUAGUUCGACCAGAUAGAUUAUAAUAUUGUUGAUAAUGUGUUAAAUAGAAAAUAUUUCACCUCAGCAUCUCAUAUUGUGGUGAGUAUAAACCGCACAAACAGCAUGCCAGUUUAUAUACUGCCAUAUCAAACUUUAAACUAACUCCCAUGGAUUUCUCUGUAUAUAUAUAUAAUGUAGUCCUUGUUGUGUGUGUUUCUUUUUUCUCAAGCAGAAUGUAUGAAGGGUAGAAACUAGUGAGAUAAUUCAGGGAUAUACAGCAGAGCUUCGGCAUGCUGGAAGAGCAGCUGUUUUCUUAGAAAAGGUUGCAGUCUAGUGGUUAAAAUGAGAUUUGCAUCGAAACACUUGAACAGCCACGUUUACAAAGUGAUUUCGGAAUUUGAGAACAACUCCGAUGUAUUUGAGCUCGGGAUUUGUGUUCUGCCAUUAUCACUCGAGCCCUUUGGUCUGUGUAGGUGAACAUUCACUAUUUUUAAUGGCAAAACAACACAUUUUUCCCCCCACAACCAAAAUUGUGCUGUCGUACCAGUUGAUACAGCUCAGGAUUGGAUGAGAAAUGGAGGUGACUGCUGCAGUUGGUGUGAUAGAAUGUGUUGGAUCUGGCCUCAUAGCUGGGUUUUAUGGUUUAGACCUGAUAGCGCUACAAUUUUAGAAACCACAUAGUGGUGACAACAUUUCAGAAAUACCUUGUAGGAGUUUAGAGAUCAUGUUCCUCCUCUUUUAUAAUGCCGUUGAACAUGCCAGGUAAACUUCAUUGUUUAUCUAUUGGCAUUGUAAUUACAUUUUCAUAUUACGGUAAUGUUUUCCAAAAAAAUGUUUUAUCAAACACAUUUAAAGAGUUUCUAGGAUUAUUUUGUGAUAUCAAUAGAUAUCAUAAACAUAUUUUCAUUAAUGUCGUGAGAAUUAUUUUUUCCCGGUCCAAUGUUGAUGCCAUCUUUGAAAUACAGUGUUAGUUCAUAAUUAUUGCAACAUUAUGUGUCAUAACAGCAACAUGUGGAUUCCUAAAUUGCACGGUGCUCCGGUUUGACAUGAUUGGAUCUAAUACCUUGAAGCCAUUAUUUAUUCUUCUGUCUGAUGAUAACCAAACUAUAUAUUUCAAUCAUACCAAUGUGCAGCCAUGUGGGUUUAUACGCUGUCCGGGUAAGACAAAUCAUAAAUUAAAAAAUAGCUUUGUAAAAUCAAGUAUGGCAGUGAAAAGGUCUCUUCAUACUGUAAAUCAGUAUGCAUGUUUUCGCGUCCUUGAACAACAGGGUAAUCCAUUUAAUCUUUCUUUAUUGUGGCACUGCCCUGGUUGUACUACUCCCACAGAUUUGACUUUCCAGUUAAAACGGUAAUAGCCAUUUCUUUUCUCAAAUUUCUACCAGCUAUUAAUCAAAUCAGAGUGCAGGAGGGGGCAUUUUUAUGAAUAUGCAAAUACAAGGUCACAUCGUCAUCAUCUGUGUUUCACGUCCUCUGGGUUAGAAGACUGUUGGCCUCACUGUGGAUGGUUAAAACUGACAUUGGAUACAAUUAAUGGUGUGUUUUAUUCACAUUAGUUUUUAUUGAAUGUACUCACUGCCUCACUGUCCUGCAUAAACUGCUGUAUGAUGUACGCACCACUGAUCCCUGUCAGUCAGUUUGUGGCUUUGAUAAUUGUCAGCACAUUGUUACCAACGGAAUUGGUCCUUUUGAAACCAGCAUAGACCACUUUAUCUUUGCAAUUCUCUAAUAACGGUUCCUAUCAGACAUCCUUGCAAUGGGAACUUAUUUGAAAAAGCUUUCAUCAACACUUUUGAAGUUCACAUUAUGAUACUGUACAUCUUUAACAUGACGGAAUUGCUUCAUGAUUUUCAUGUUUUUGACAGUUGCUUUGAAGAUAUGUUCUUACCAAAACAUGUUGUUAUCUUGUAGAUUAUGUAGAGAUAAAACUAAACACAAAUAUGUAAUCCAACAUUGGCAUGCUGCUUUGAAAAGGAUAAAGAAAACAGCAAUAGUUGCCAACCAAAUGGAUUUAUAAAAAUGCAAAUAACAAGUUUAAAAUGUUAAAUCUAAAAGAAAUAUAUCCAUAUAUGUUUAUGCAAUAAAACCUUGUUUUUAUA